AUGUUGUCUCAGAUAGUAACCGCUGCUCGUGGUUUGUUCAAGAGGCCAGACGGCACCGAAGAUACGGCGUCCGAACAAGAACAGCCCGCCAAUAUGGCCACAGCAACCCGCAAUUCGACUUUAUCGCCAGAAACGCCAGAAACACAGGGAGCUCCGGUGUCUAAUGGAAAACGCAAGGAGACGUCAUCAUCGUCCGUUACAGAGACCACCGAAAACAGGCCACAGAAGAGACGGAAAGGCCAGACAAGCUUGAAAACAACUAAAUCGAAAGAUACGACGAAGCGUGAGGGAGAUGGCGCCAAACCUAAGAACCUUCAGGUAUUGGAGUCUGUUACAAUAAUCAACCGGCCAAAUACCAAUUCGACCUCAGCAGCACCUGAGAAUGAAGAUAUUGUCGCUCCUAAUCGAAAAAUCCGCUUUGGGAGCGAAGAACCCGCCCAAACCAAUGGCACCCACGUAGACGAUGACGAGGGAGACGUCGGUGCAGAGUCGGAACAUGGAACAACCAGACAACCAAACAACGAGGAUGAUGAGGAUGAUAGUAGCGAUGACGAAGCUCCAGAAGCGUUUAGCAAUGCUGCUCAGCUAUCACAAAUACGAGAUGUUGAGCGCAAAAAGGAAGAAACAAGACACAUGGACGAGCAAUUGCGAAGGGAGAAGCGAAAAGAGCAUGAAAAACGCCUACAACAACAAGCCGCUUCAAAAGCAGCUAUCCAAAGGGCAGCUGAUGCCCGUCGAGAAGCCAAGGCCAAGAUAGCCGAAGCAAAGACAUCAAAACAUGACGAACAGCAGUCCGAGAGCUCAAUGACACUCAGUGCCGGAACACGAGAGUCCAGGCUGGGCCUAUCGGCGCCGCUGCCCGCACUUCUUCCUGACGAAAUUCUAAACGCAGAGCCGUCUCAGCCGUUAAUAACAGCGUUUGAUAUGGAAAAGCUCAAGAUGGGCAAACCAAAACAUAUACGGCUUACAGAUGCAGUCGAUAAGCGGCCAAAGGAUAUGAAGGUUGGGUCUACUGCUAUCAGGGUGUUGAAUAGCUCCGGUAAUGGCGUCAAUCCUGUUCUUCCACCAAAGAGUUCAACUGCCAGUAGGCACGUUAAGGAAAAUUGGGUUGGCGGGAAGCGAAAAAUGGGGGCUACUGGGGCAUUGCGGCAUAGCACUGGCGGCCCAAAGAGUUUUGCUAGGAAGUGA